AUGUUGUGGUGUAUCUACACAACAUUGUAUACGUGGUGGUGUGGAUGUAUGAGCUGGUCCAAUCAACAUUAAACACGAUCAAAAAAAAAAAAAAAAAACGCGUUUACAUUUUUCAAUUUGCUACAUACAUUUAUUCUGAGAUUUAUAUUUAUUAUUAAAAAAAUUAACUAAUAUAUAUUUUAUUGUUGUAAAGUACUAAUUUAAAAUAUGGCUAAUUUACCAUUUUUUACAUUAACUUUAUUUAUUAAUUUAAGUUUGUAUAUAAUUUUAGUAGCUGCUGGGAGAGAUUUUUAUGAUAUACUUGGACUAAAUAAACGUGCUUCAACUCAUGAAAUAAAAAAAGCAUAUAGAAGAUUAGCACGUGAAUUACAUCCUGAUAAAAAUAAAGAUGAUCCUGAAGCAUCAAGAAAAUUUCAAGAUCUUGGUGCUGCAUAUGAAGUAUUAUCUGAUCAAUCAAAACGUGAAAAAUAUGAUCAAUGUGGUGAAGAAUGUGUUAAAUCAGAUGGUAGUAUGGGUGGUGGUGGUGGUGAUCCAUUUGCAAGUUUUUUUGGCGAUUUUGGUUUUCAUUUUGGUGGUGAACAACAACAACAACAACAUCAAGCACAUAAAGGUGCAAAUGUUAUCAUAGAUCUUUAUGUUACACUUAAUGAAUUAUACAGUGGUAAUUUUGUUGAGAUAACAAGAAAUAAACUUGUCAUGAAACCAGCAAAAGGAACAAGAAAAUGUGAUUGUCGACAAGAAUUAGUAACACGUAAUUUAGGAAAUGGAAGAUUUCAAAUGAUACAACAAGCAGUAUGUUCUGAAUGUCCAAAUGUUAAAUUAGUUAAUGAAGAAAGAUUAUUAGAAUUUGAAGUUGAACCUGGUAUGGUUGAUGGACAAGAAACUAAAUUUGUUGCUGAAGGUGAACCACAUAUUGAUGGUGAACCUGGUGAUUUAAUUCUCAAAAUUCGUACACAACCACAUCCAGUAUUUCAACGUGUUGGUGAUGAUUUAUAUACAAAUAUAACAAUAUCACUUCAAGAUGCACUUGUUGGUUUUACAUUAGAUAUUGUACAUUUAGAUGGACAUAAAGUUACAAUAACUAGAGACAAAGUUACUCGACACGGUGCAAGAAUGAAGAAAAAAGGUGAAGGUAUGCCAAAUUAUGAUAAUAAUAAUCUUCAUGGUUAUUUAUACAUAACAUUUGACGUUGCUUUUCCUGACAAAGAAUUUUCUAAUGAUGAUAAACAAGCUAUUCGAGACUUAAUGGAACAAAGUUCAGUCAACAAAAUAUACAAUGGAAUUAGACGUUCAUAAAUUGAGUGAUUCAAAUUAAAAAAACUUUUAUAAUUGUGCCACGCGUUUUAAAAUCAAGUGUGCUGUGAACAAUCA